AUUUAUUAUUCUCACUCUCACUCUCACUCUCACUCUCACUCCCACUCCCAAUAAUUUCUUCCUCAUUCAAACUCUCUCUCUCUCUCUCAUACAAACACACGCCGCCGCGCCGCCACAACCUCCGGCGAUGGGCGUAUUCCGCCGCCGCCGCCGCCUCGCUCUCUCCUUCGCCACCCUCGCUCUUUUUGUCCUCCUCUCCUCCGCCUCGGCCCUCAAAUUAAGUGGAGGGGCGGCGGUGGAGCGGCGGCGGUUGGGGGGGCCGGGGUCGUCGCCGCCGUCGUGCAGAUCGAAAUGCGGGAGGUGCGCGCCGUGCACGGCGGUGCACGUGCCGAUUCAGCCGGGGAUGAGCGUGCCGAUGGAGUACUACCCGGAAGCGUGGAGGUGCAAGUGUGGGAACAAGCUCUUCAUGCCUUAGGAUUUUUUUAUUUUUUUUUAGUUUUGUUAUUAAAUUUUUUUUUUGAAGAGAAAAACUGAGGGAAAUUUAUGUAGAUAUUGAAAAAAAAAAUAGAAUAACUGUUGAAUGACUGAUUGAAUAGGAUGUUGGAAUUUGGUCUGUCUCACAAUCUGCAUAGAUUUUAGUAAAUUUUUAAUUUUGUAAUUUUGGAGUUGCUUUUGCACUUUUUAAGUGUUACUUAACAGACAGAGAAGAGCCUUGGGAAUGUAAUUUGUGGGUUAUUAAUUCUUUUUUUAUCUGUAAAUAUCUGGUUUU